UCCACACGUGUAAUGGAUAGGGAAUCUUUGGAGCAAUUGGCUAAAUUGAAUGCCGAACAUCACCUUACGUGCCUUUAAGCUUUUUUAUAUAUUUUUUUUCUUAAUUUUUGGAACGUUAACUGGUGAUUUCGUACUGAUGAGCGCGGGUGCCAGUCAAUCACGUGUGUAAAACCAAAAGGAUGGGGAGGAUUGCGGAGAGUGGAUUUUUGUUACAUUUUGUCUUAGUAUUUGUUCAAGGAGCGCAAGUCUACCGGUAUGGCAACUCCAACAGCCUUCAGCCAUAUAUGCCCAAUGUUUGCAUGGAGCAGGAGAUGAUGCUGGUUGCUCAGAGGCAGCCAUGCGUGCAGGCUUUUACACGCAUGGUCAAAGUGUGGAAGCAAGGCUGCGUGGGACAGUCUUGGUGCAUGGGAUAUGAGAGGAGGACAGCGUACUACACGGCGUACAGACAAGUGUACCGGCAGGAUUAUAACACUGUCUAUAAGUGUUGCUCUGGAUGGUCUCAGCUUAAUGGAGAAGCCGGGUGCCUUUAUCCUGUGUGUAGCUACGGUGUGUGCUUCAAUGGGGGCCAGUGUCGAGAGGGAUCCACCCAGCUCUGUGACUGUCCAGCAGGGUUCAACGGGCCCAGCUGCCAGUAUGAUGUGAACGAAUGCGAGGAGACCAACGGCGGAUGUGAAGCUCAGUGCUGCAACACCAUUGGAAGUUUCUACUGCCGCUGUCCUGCUGGCCUCAAACUAAGCCAAGAUGGCAAAACAUGUCAAGAUAUUGAUGAAUGUCAGGUCCACAAUGGCGGCUGCCAGCACAGAUGUGUUAACACCAGAGGCUCCUACUACUGCGAAUGCCAGAUAGGAUCCCGCUUACAUGUCGAUGGUCGCACCUGCCUUCCUGUCCACUCAUGUGCCCUCAGCAACGGCGGCUGCGAACACUACUGCAUCCAGCAGUCUGCCGCUCAUUUCCAGUGUCGCUGCAAAACCAAUUACAAGCUGACAGAAGAUGGCAAACAUUGUACAUUGCACAACCCCUGCGCCGAAAAAAACGGAGGCUGCAUGCAUCAGUGUCAUGCCGAUGGAGGCAAUGCACACUGCGACUGCCGGCCAGGCUUCAUCCUGGCCAAAGACGGGCGAACGUGUGAAGAUAUUGAUGAGUGUAAGACAGAAGAAGCAAAUUGCGCUCAUGGUUGCCACAACACACAUGGUUCCUUCACCUGCGUCUGUAAUGCCGCAUACGAGCUGGGAUCAGACGGCAAAACGUGUUAUAGAAUUGAGAUGGAGAUUGUGAACAGCUGCGAGAAUAGCAACGGUGGAUGCUCGCACCAUUGCCAGCAUUCCAACAGCGGCCCCGUUUGCACCUGUAACCAAGGUUACCGCCUCCAUGAAGACCUUAAAACAUGCAUUGAUGUGGAUGAAUGUGGUGAGCGGAGUUCCUGCUGCCAGCAAAACUGCGCCAACUAUCCUGGAGGUUAUGAGUGCUACUGCUCAGCAGGCUACCGCCUCAGCUCAGACGGAUGCAGCUGUGAUGACAUCAACGAGUGUCUGUCAGCUAAUGGUGGAUGUGAUCAUACAUGUCAAAACACCGGUGGCUCCUACCAGUGUUUCUGCCGCCGAGGCUUUCGUCUAGACGAGGAUCGCAUCUCCUGCAUCCUUCUGGACAACGCAGUGGAGGCCCUGUACAGCGGGGGCGCCGCCGAGCUGCCUCUGAUUCGUCCCCAACUCACCUUGCUGCAUGACUAUAGCCAACCUCUGGAGCGCUUUGAUGACUAUGAAGAUGACGAAGGCGAGCUGAGGGCAGAGAGUAAUCUUGCCGAGAAAUUUGUGUGUUUGGACGACACUUUUGGCAACGACUGCAGUCUUACGUGUGAUGACUGUUUUAACGGAGGCAAGUGUAAUGUCUUGAAGAAUGGCUGUGAUUGCCCUGAUGGAUGGAUGGGAAUAAUCUGCAACCAAACGUGUCCAGAAGGCUACUUUGGGCAAAACUGCUCCUUCCCCUGUAAGUGUCAGAAUGGCGCCAGCUGUGAUCCAGUCACCGGGAGCUGUCGCUGUCCACCGGGCGUCACUGGGGACCUGUGCCAGGACGGCUGUCCGAAAGGCCUCUAUGGCAAACAGUGUCACAAAAAGUGUAAUUGUGCCAAUAACGGGCGAUGUCAUCGCACAUAUGGAGCCUGCCUGUGUGACCCCGGACUCUACGGACGCUUCUGCCACCUCUCUUGUCCAAAGUGGACAUUUGGUGCCGGCUGCUCUGAGGAGUGUCAGUGCAUCCAACACAACACUUUGGAGUGUCACCGUCGUUACGGCACGUGUGUGUGCAAACCCGGUUACAAAGGCAACACAUGCAAAGAAGAGUGCAGCCCAGGGACGUAUGGCAGCGGCUGUGAAAAGAAAUGCGUGUGCCCGACUGGGGUGUCAUGUGACCACGUGACCGGGGCGUGCCAUCGAAAGUGCCCACCGGGUCGUCAUGGUGACGGCUGCAAACAAGACUGCCCCGAAGGAAGUUUCGGACCUGGCUGCGUGCAUCCUUGUAACUGCACCGGUGCUCCAUGUGACAAAGUGACGGGACUGUGCAGGUGUCCCGCUGGCACUUCUGGGAAGCGCUGUGAAAACGUGUGCCCGGACGGUUUUUGGGGUGUCGGUUGCUCAGAAAGCUGCCCGGUUUGUAAGAAUGGAGGCAUGUGCAAUAAACACAACGGCUCGUGUAUUUGUGCCCCUGGCUUCACAGGAACACUCUGCGGCAAUUUAUGCCCAAGCGGCCAUUUUGGUCAAGGUUGCCGGAUGAGAUGCGUAUGUGAGAACAACGCUCAUUGUGAUGCAGUGAGUGGGCGGUGCACCUGUGCACCAGGCUGGACCGGCCAUAACUGCAGGAAAGCAUGCGAUACCGGUCACUGGGGCAAAGACUGCGCGGAGAGCUGUGACUGUCAAAAUGGAGACGGUAGCUGUGACGCAGUGACUGGGCAGUGCAAGUGUGAGGCCGGUUACACUGGGACUCAGUGCCAUGAGAAGUGCCCAGCAGGAAUGUUUGGUCUCGGGUGUCGUCACCGGUGUCAGUGUGAUAAUCAGGCGUUGUGCGACCACGAGAGUGGCGCUUGCACUUGCCAGGUGGGAUGGACCGGAACCUUUUGUGAAAAGCCGUGUCCUCAGGGCUUCUUUGGAUUGGACUGUCAUAAGAAGUGCGCAUGUCAUAAUGGUGCCCGCUGCGAUGCAGUCAACGGGCUUUGUUCGUGUCCCAGUGGCUGGAUCGGAAAGUUCUGCAACCAAACGUGCCCAAGUGGUUUCUACGGUGAAGGCUGUAACCGGACCUGCAGUUGCCGUAACGACGGCAUCUGUCACCCAGCCAGUGGGCUGUGCACAUGCAGGCCGGGCUGGAGUGGACCCAACUGCGCAGAAGAAUGCCCGGCGGGUUUCUACGGCGCUGACUGCCAGCAUCGCUGCUUGUGUCAGAAUGGAGCUGCGUGUGAUAAAAGCAGUGGAAAGUGUUCCUGUUUCAGUGGCUGGACCGGAACCGCUUGUGAACUGGAGUGUGUGGCGGGACGCUUUGGCGCCGACUGCCAGCAUGAGUGCAAGUGUGAGAACGGGGGCCGCUGUGACGCACAGACGGGACGCUGCAGCUGCGCUGGCGGAUGGACGGGAGAGCGCUGCCACAAAGCAUGUGAGCCGGGCACAUUUGGACGUGAGUGCAAGGACAGGUGUCGGUGUGCGCAUGGGGCGUCGUGCCACCACGUUACAGGCGACUGUCAAUGUCCACCCGGGUGGAGAGGAAAACACUGUGAUAAAGCCUGUCUACCAGGUUCUUUCGGGCCUGGCUGCCUGCAACGCUGUGGCUGUUCUCCUGGUACAUCCUGCCACCACGUCUCAGGAGAGUGCAGCUGCCCGGCAGGCCUCACAGGCAACGGCUGCGAGCAAACCUGCCAUCCUGGAACCUUUGGUCCAAACUGCAAUGAGGUUUGCCAAUGCUCACAAACUAACCAACUCUGCCACCCGGUGUCUGGAUUUUGCUACUGUGCUCCGGGUUUCCAUGGGCUGAAAUGUAACCGAACAUGUGAAGCUGGUCAUUAUGGUCCGGAUUGUGAGCGGGAGUGCGAUUGCCAAAACGGCGGCGUGUGCAUGCCGUCCACCGGCGCCUGCAAAUGUCCCGCAGGAUAUAUCGGUGCUCGCUGCAACACAUCUUGUCCCAAUGGUCGCUAUGGAGUGGAGUGCUCUCAGGUGGCCAACUGUGGAGACGGUGCAAAGAACGACCCAGUGACUGGUCGUUGCGUGUGCCCGCCUGGACGGAGAGGAAGUCACUGUGCACAGGAUUGUCCUUCAGGCUGGUUUGGGUCGGACUGUAAGCGUCCUUGCAACUGCAGUAACGGCGCCGCCUGCCACCCGGCAACCGGCAAUUGCACGUGUGGGCUAGGUUGGACUGGACAAAGCUGCGAUACUGAAUGCCCAACGGGUACAUUUGGCGCCAACUGCCAAUUGACGUGCGCGUGCCAAAAUAACGGCAAGUGCGACAGAGUGAGCGGCGCCUGUCACUGCGCUCCGGGAUACUACGGGCACGUGUGUCAACAUGUAUGUCCGGAUGGUCUAUACGGUGUACAAUGUCAAUUGCGGUGCGAUUGCGAGGCGGGAGCUACGUGCCAGCCGGUGUCUGGUCAGUGCAUUUGUCCCGCCGGACGUCAUGGCGCUCGCUGCCAUAAAGUGUGCGAACAGGGCACGUACGGUCGCGACUGCGCAAAAGCGUGCGACUGUGACGGCGAUGCACCAUGCGAUCCCGUCACAGGAGGAUGUCUCUGUGCUGCAGGGAGGACCGGAGAGAGAUGUGACCUCGAGUGCCGAGGUGAUCGCUUCGGACCCGACUGUACUCAGAGCUGCGAAUGUCAACACGACGCUCGCUGCGACCCACGCAACGGCCGCUGUAGCUGCACGCACAUGUGGAUCGGGUUCUCUUGCCAUGAAGGGGGACCUCCACACUUGGCCCCUGGGAAGAGUCUGGAAAGUUCAACACAUGAAAACGCCUUAUAAUGUUCCCAUUCAGUGGAACACAACGAAGGGGACGUUCGUUUCGCUUGAAAACUGCAUGGAAGAAAUCGGCGUGGAGAGACUCAGAUGCGAUUGCACUCCGGCACAUGAGCUUUUUUUUUUCCUGCUCUUUGGUAUUUUGUGGUUAAUAUUUUGUCCUUGAAAUACCUUUUUUUCAAUUACUGUGUAUUGUUUUUUAUUUAAUUGAAACAUGCUGGAAUGUUUUCAUUUACUAUGCAACUUUUCACCUCGGUCAACAAAUCAUGAAUUGGCGGUUUUUCUUACAAUUUUAUGUUAUUUUGCAGUUGUAUUUUUAAAGUUCUAAUUUGUUCAAAUAUUGUUUAUAAUACAGCAAUAUUGGGGCUGUGUCAAGAAAAAAAUAUGAACAAAAACAUACUGAAACAAAAUAUCAUUAAAAAUUAUUUUUAAAGAAAAUAAUAUACAGCAAAAAAGUUUGUAAGAUGGCAAUAAUACAUUUUCCCCUUUUCCUCACAAAAAUGGACUGGAACUGUUUUUCAGUGCAAAAAGAAUGACAUCACAGGAGUUAAAUAUUUUUGGUAUUGAAGUCAUUUUUUCUACAUAAGGUUACAAGAAUAAAUUAGUUUAUGUGCAAAAAAAUCUGAAUAAAGAUGUAUUUUUUUAAACAAAGUAUUACUCUGAGAAGAUGAAUUAUUUGGGGGUGAAAGGUACUAAAUGUUAUCGUUUCAGGGAA